AGUGCCGGGAGUUGGCCAAAGUGAACAGCCCUUCCACCUAAAUACCAACCGUUGACCCCAAUCGAUCCACCCUAUCAUGAGCGUGACCAGUUGAACAUCUUCCUUCGCCCACAGAUUCACAAAAGCCUAAGUGCCUCAUGUUUGCACCCAGCGUCAGGCCCCCGCAGUCGACUAAAAUGACUCGAAUGCGCUCUUGCUGUCACGCCGUGCUCCUAGGAGCAAUCGCAGCUCUUGCAACACAUGUAACUAUGUCAAGCGCACAGAGAUUUCCGUCGAACUUAUUCUGGCCUCUAUGUGGCCAGUACUACACCGUCAACAUGACAGCUGACAACUGCCCAUCGGACCGUUGGAACCUGACUACGGAUGUGCCGUCAGACACAUUCACCCCGCGCCAGAAGGAGAGCCAGGGAAACCGCAUCGACUUCCAUCGUGGUGUCGACAUGCCCGCUCCGAUCGGCUCGGGCGUGUUUGCCAUCGAGACUGGCUACCUAUACCGCAUCGAGAACUCAACUUCAAACGGCGGAUAUGACGGCAUUGCAGUCUACGUCAAGCACAACAGGGCCACCGGCCGGUCUUGCAGGUCGGCGCAGGGCAUCUGGUUCAGUGUGUACAUGCACCUGAAUGCGACCAAGUGGAACGCCUUCUGCGCCAACGAGACGCACUGCCAGCAGACGGUGACCAACGCCACCAUCCUCAAGGGUGAGCGCAUCGCGAGCUCAGGAGCCGGAUUCUCCGAGUUUCCGCACCUGCACUUCGAGAUCCGCGAUGCGCCCGUGUGGGACAACUGCUCUUCGAACUGGCAGGCCGAUGCCAUCAACCCUUUCCGCGUCCUGCCGUACAACCGGAGCGCCAGCCUGCACAGCACCAACAUUACGGUGACCAGCGUGACCAACUACGGCAUCAACUUCAACGACACACAGGUCAGCGUGAACUUCUGGACGACCCGCUUUGAUUGGAACAAGAUUGAGGUGGUCAUGCGGAACAGCAGCGGACAGGUCAUCGGCACCUACCAGCAGCCCCUGGACAGCGGGUACGGGCAGUACAACCAGAAGCCCAACUGGUACGACAUCGAGAUCUGGAACCGGCAGUGGACGCACAAGAACUCGCAAGUCGCGCCCUGGAGCUCUUUCGGCAUUCCCGCGGGCUGCUCAGCCUCCAACAACUGCACGGGGGCCAACGCGUGCCCGUACUGCUUCAUGCACACAUGCACCUACGACGCCAACACCCACAAUGAGAAGCCGUGCUCGGAUAGCAACUCCACGCUGUGCUUCAACGGCGUGAGGCUGUACCCGUACAUCUUCAACAACCGCACCACACACCUGGGAUAUGAUGUCGUUUUCAAUCUUACAAAGCCUUCCGACCAGCGGGUGGCAACCGUGACCGCGUCGCUGUAUGUGGCGGGGAGCACCACAGCUUUUGCCACGACCACGUGGACUGCCCCGGCCCUGCUGACCGGCCUGAGGGCGCCCGCGCCGUCGCCCUCGAGCAGCCGCGGCGGUAAGCCCGGCCGCGGCCCUAAGCCAAAGCGCGGCCCCAAGCCCCAGCGCAGCCCCAAGCCCCGCCGCCACAAGCCCCAGUAAGGCCCUGUCCCCUGGAGCCUUCAGGCGCCAGGCAUGGCUUCAGCCAGAUGGAGCCAGCCAGCGCUGAUCUCCGCGUCAGCGUGCUGCAUUCGGUAAUUGAAGAGGGAGCAUCAGCCCAGGCCCGAGAAUGGCCAGCGAGGGGUUAUUCUUGGAGACUUGACGCCGGGGUCACCCAAGUGUCACUCCCCAGCCCCAGGUGUCAGGCGCGAAUCCGAACGAUUUCGCGUUGGUACCGGUUGCUAGGAGACUGUGCAAUAGGUGUUUGAACAUACAGCUUAUCAAACAUGCACACCAUGCGCGUGUACAGUCUCGUACAGCAUUUCUCCGGACUUCGAUGAUAACUUGCACUUAGGGCUCAUAAGGCACACAGACU